CGUUUCCCAGCUUGCUCCGCGGCCCAGCUGCCAGUAUCUGAGGCGCUGAGAGACAGCGAGACUGCAAACAUGGAGGAGGGCAAAAACAAAGAGAAAACUCAGCCCGAAAAGACCGAGGAGAAGGGCCAGCAGCCGGCCAGCAAGGACAAGGACAAGAAGGAGGAAGAGGAGCUGUCUGAAGAGGAUAAACAGCUUCAGGAGGAGCUGGAGAUGAUGGUGGAGAGACUAAGUGAGGAGGACAGCUCUCUGCACCGCCCCGCUCUGGAGGAGCUCCGCCAGCUGAUCCGCUCCUCCACCACCUCCAUGACCUCCGUCCCCAAGCCACUCAAGUUCCUGCGGCCACACUAUGCCAAGCUGAAGGAGAUCUACGAGGGAAUGGCCUCUGGAGACAACAAGCAUUUCUGUGCAGAUGUCGUGUCUGUGCUGGCCAUGACGAUGAGCGGGGACAGGGAGUGUCUGAAAUACAGGCUGUUGGGGUCCCAGGAGGAGCUGGCUUCAUGGGGACACGAAUACGUCAGGCACCUGGCUGGGGAGGUGGCGAAGAAGUGGCAGGAGGUUGAUGAGAGUGAUAAGAGCCAGCAGGACACUCUGCUCAAGCUGGUGAAGGAGAUCGUCCCGUACAACAUGGGGCACAACGCAGAGCACGAGGCCUGCGACCUGCUCAUGGAGAUCGAGAGGCUGGACAUGCUGGAGCAUUACAUCGACGAGAACGCCUACUCCAAGGUCUGCCUCUACCUCACAAGCUGUGUGAGCUAUGUCCCGGAGCCAGAGAACUCUGCCCUGCUGAAAUGCGCCCUGUAUAUCUUCCGCAAGUUUAACCGCUAUCCAGAGGCGCUGCGGCUGGCGUUGAUGCUGAAUGACAUGGAGCUGGUGGAGAACAUCUUCACCUCCUGUAAAGAAAUAGUUACUCAGAAGCAGAUGGCAUACAUGCUGGGCCGGCACGGUGUAUUCCUGGAGCUCAAUGAGGACGUGGAGGACUAUGAGGACCUGACGGAAAUCAUGUCCAAUGUCCAGCUCAACAGCAACUUCCUUGCCCUGGCUAGAGAGUUGGACAUCAUGGAGCCCAAAGUGCCAGAUGACAUCUACAAAACGCAUUUAGAAAACAACAGGUUCGGGGGGAGUGGAUCUCAGGUGGACUCUGCCCGGAUGAACCUGGCCUCCUCCUUUGUCAAUGGCUUUGUGAACGCAGCCUUCGGGCAGGACAAGCUGCUGACAGACGAUGGGAACAAGUGGCUCUACAAGAACAAGGAUCACGGGAUGAUGAGUGCCGCUGCUUCACUGGGAAUGAUCCUGCUCUGGGAUGUUGAUGGAGGGCUGACACAGAUAGACAAGUACCUGUAUUCAUCAGAGGACUACAUCAAGUCUGGUGCUCUGCUGGCCUGCGGGAUUGUGAACUCUGGAGUGAGGAACGAGUGCGACCCGGCUCUGGCACUGCUGUCGGACUAUGUAUUGCACAACAGCAAUAUCAUGAGGAUCGGUGCUAUCUUUGGACUGGGACUGGCCUACGCAGGGUCCAAUCGCGAAGACGUCUUGUCUCUGCUGCUGCCAGUGAUGGGAGACUCCAAAUCCAGCAUGGAGGUGGUCGGCGUGACGGCGCUGGCCUGUGGUAUGAUCGCCGUGGGUUCCUGUAACGGUGACGUGACCUCUACCAUCGUACAGACCCUCAUGGAGAAGUCUGAGCAGGAGCUGAAGGACACCUACGCCAGGUGGCUUCCUCUCGGACUGGGCCUCAACCACCUGGGUAAAGGAGAGGCGAUUGAAACCACGCUGGCUGCGCUGCAGGUGGUCCCAGAACCCUUCCGCAGCUUCGCCAACACACUGGUGGAUAUCUGUGCCUACACAGGUUCAGGCAAUGUGCUGAAGGUCCAGCAGCUGCUCCACAUCUGCAGCGAGCACUACGAAGCCAAGGAGAAGGAGGAUGACAAGGACAAAAAGGACAAGAAAGACAAAGAGAAAAAGGAGAGCUCUGCAGACAUGGGCUCCCACCAGGGUGUCGCAGUGUUGGGCAUCGCUCUGAUUGCAAUGGGUGAAGAAAUUGGAGCAGAGAUGGCUCUGCGAACAUUUGGGCACCUGCUGCGGUACGGAGAGCCCACCCUUCGCAGAGCCGUCCCCCUGGCACUAGCUCUCAUCUCCGUCUCGAACCCGCGCCUCAACAUCCUGGACACGCUCAGCAAGUUCUCCCACGAUGCUGACCCUGAAGUCUCCUACAACUCCAUCUUCGCCAUGGGCAUGGUGGGCAGCGGAACAAACAAUGCCCGUCUGGCAGCCAUGCUGAGGCAGUUAGCACAGUAUCACGCCAAGGACCCCAAUAACCUCUUCAUGGUUAGGCUGGCACAGGGUCUGACACACCUGGGGAAGGGAACGCUGACACUCUGCCCCUACCACAGCGACAGGCAGCUGAUGAGCCAGGUAGCUGUUGCUGGACUGCUUACUGUCCUCGUCUCCUUCCUCGACGUCAAGAACAUAAUCCUCGGAAAGUCGCACUAUGUCCUGUAUGGGCUGGUGGCAGCUAUGCAGCCCCGCAUGCUAGUCACAUUUGACGAAGAGCUGAGGCCCCUGCCGGUGUCUGUGAGAGUGGGACAGGCUGUAGAUGUUGUGGGCCAGGCUGGUAAACCCAAGGCCAUCACAGGAUUUCAGACCCACACCACGCCGGUGUUGCUGGCGCAUGGAGAGCGGGCGGAGCUCGCCACAGAGGAGUACCUGCCAGUCACGCCCAUCCUGGAGGGUUUUGUCAUCCUGCGCAAGAACCCCAACUACGACGCCUGAGCCCCUCCUCAACGCAGCUUUUAUAGUGUGCGAACUCUCUGCCUCCCCAUUCAGGGAGGGCAUAACAACACCGUUAUCUCAGUAACCUACUAAAAAACAAGCAAUGUGCUACCACUUGCAAAACAAAAUGUGACUGUCUGCCAGGCGUUGCUGAAGGUGGGUUUGUUUUUUGUAAUAAGGGCAUGAAAUAUCUAUACGAGUUUUGUUUUUGUUACAGUACUGUACAAGAUUAUUAAAUAAAGUUUUUUUCUGGUC